AGUCACAUAUACAUAUCCUCCACAAAAACAUAGUUCACACCCAAAGAAAAAAAAUAUAUCUUCAGGUUCCGUACAACUCAUCUUCUUCGUCCGACGACCAAGUAAUCUGCAGAAAUGGCAAAUGCACUAGUGUCGUUCAGACUGAACACAGGAGCUAUGAUUCCGUCGGUGGGAUUGGGCACGUGGCAGGCACCGCCUGGUGUUGUCGGAGACUCCGUCGUUACCGCGGUCAAGAUUGGGUACCGACACAUUGACUGUGCACAAUUGUACGGAAACGAGAAAGAGGUCGGAAACGCGCUAAAGAAACUCUUCGACGAAGGCGUUGUGAAAAGGGAUGAGCUGUGGAUCACUUCCAAGCUUUGGAACACCCAUCACGCCCCGGAAGAUGUCCACGAGGCCAUGAAUGGGUCUCUCAGCGAUUUGCAGCUAGAUUACGUGGAUUUAUAUCUUAUGCAUUGGCCGGUGAGCAUGAAGAAAGGGUCAGUUGAUGUUACAAAGCGGGAGAGCUACACAAAACCGGACAUACCUAAGACAUGGAAAGCAAUGGAAGAGCUGUACGAUUCGGGGAAGGCCCGAGCCAUCGGAGUGUGUAAUUUCUCGACGAAGAAGCUGUCGGAUCUCGUGGGAAUAUCUCGAGUUCCUCCGGCCGUCGUCCAGGUCGAGUGUCACCCUGUUUGGCAGCAGCAUCAGCUUCAUGAUUUCUGCAAAUCCAACAACAUUCAUCUCACCGGGUAUUCGCCGUUGGGGUCACCGGGGACGGCAUUCUUCCAUGCGGACGUGAUGAAGCAUCCGCUGGUAAAAUCGGUGGCCGAGAAAACGGGGAAAUCUCCGGCUCAGGUCGCUCUCCGGUGGGGGUUGCAGAGCGGCCACAGCGUUCUCCCGAAGAGCACGAACGAGUCCAGGAUCCAAUCCAAUUUCGAUGUUUUCGGCUGGUCCAUUCCCCACGACUUGUUCUCCUUGUUUUCCGACAUCCGACAGGUGUCAUUUUUUUUUGUCACAAUUGCAGGAGAGACAGAUGAAGGCUGAUUUCUUCAUACACGAGGAUGGCUUCCACAAGAGUCUCGAGGAUUUCUGGGAUGGCGAGAUUUGAUAAUUUCUUAUGUUUCUACUAAUCCUUAAAAGCCCCAUAUACAUAUAUAUGAUUUGCAUAAUAUUUUUAUAUAUUUGUAUGUGUGUUUGUGUGUUUGUGUAUAUGUAUAAUUAAGAUCCAUCAAAGUGUAUUUCCUGUUGGAUCAUCGUGUUAAACUUUA